CCCUGCCUUACCCCCCAUUGCUCCCCUGCAGGAUCCGAGAUGCCCAGGACACCAUUUUCUGCAUGGCUGCAAAGGAGAACAUGGGCUGAGAAAGAACCCUUGGACGGAACUUGGUCCUGCUCCCUGUGUGCUAAUGGUGUCACCCACAGGUUUGCAGAACGAUCACAAGGCCCUGAUGAAGCAGGUGGAGGAAGCUCUUCACCAGUUGCACGCCCGGGAGAAGGAGAAGCAUGCCAAGGAUGAGGCGGAGGCGCUGGCCGAGGCGAUGAGCCAGAACCAGAGCCUGCCACAGGCCUUUGCCAAAGUGAACGCCGUGACUUCAGGAUCUCCUGCGAGUAUCUCGGGACUUCAGGUCGAUGAUGAGAUUGUGGAGUUUGGUUCUGUCAAUGUAAACAACUUCCAGAACCUGCAGAACAUCGCCACAGUGGUGCAGCACAGCGAAGGGAGACCCCUCAGCGUGACUGUGAUCCGCAGCGGCAAAAAAGUGCACAUGGGGCUGACUCCGAAGCGCUGGGCUGGGAAGGGCCUCCUGGGCUGCAAUAUCAUUCCCUUGCAAAGAUGACCAUCGCUUGGCGAACAAUAAAGCUGAAGUUUGUGCCUGCUUUCUGGACUCUGACCUGAUUUGAAAACUUCCCUACGUGUUUUUGCUGAAACAAAUGUUUUGGAGGCUUCUCUAGGUGCCUGACUGACAGAGUCUGAAGAGGUUCUGAUAGAGCAGGCCCUGCCUGCAAUUCAGAAUUGCCUGGGUUCAUCAGGAGGAGCUUGCGGAGUUGCAAGGUGUGGCUUCUCGUCUCCUAAAUCUUGUGUUGGUUUGGAACGAGGCUACGGAGAGACCCAAACUUCACUUGGUACAGGCUCUUAAAAGCAUGAAAUACUCCUACUUGAUAAUAACAGAGCAUUCUUCCCCACUGCGCCCCAUAAAAUUCCUCACGGAACAUCUUGUAGUACAUAUUAAACAGUCCCGGAGCUCUUUGGUGUCUGUAACAGUAGAUUGCAGUCAAGAAAUACGCAAGUUUGGCACUUUAUCUUCCCCAUGUUACCACAACUUUCGAAGUCGCUAAACGUGAUGAAAGACUCUUUGGAAUGCCUCGUUAUUUUAAGUUAACGAGAUAAGGAAUAAGGUUUAUAAUUCUACCUUGAUUUACUUCCAGUAGUUCAUGUACUCCUGAUAAAAAUACUGCUGCUUUUAUUUUUUUAUUUUUUUUUAUUUGCAGCAGUUGUUUUCAGGGUGUUAUAAACUCUUUGAGGGGAUUUUGGGGAUGAUUGGUUUGUGGUAAGGUUGUUUCCAGUUGAACUUCAAAAUACUCUCCCCAAAUCAAUAAAACUUGAGUAGCGCCUCUC